AACACGAAAACAACAAUGGCCGCAGCUCUUGACACACUGUUAUAGCGACGACAAAAUGGAAGGUAUUUUUGGGAGAAGAAGAAACCCCUACAUCGAUCCCGUGAUCGAGGAAUCAGAGGAGGAAAAUUUUAAAGAAAAAGAUGAAAAAGAAGUGAUUUCUGAUCAGGAACUUGGAAUUAUCCAUGAUGAUGAUGAUGAAGAAGAAGAGGACGAGGAUGAUGAGGAUAUUGAUGAACUUCUUGGAGAAGAUCAAGAUUCCAGAGGUGUUAUUCCCUGGCAAUCUGUUUUGGUGAAAAAUGCAAGACCCCCACACCCAUUGACUGUCACUCAUGUCAACCAGACCAUCGACUUAAUGAGCCUCAAACAUGCUGAGUCUGUUACUGCCUCUGAGCUACAAACAUCAGAGGAAUGGCUAAAGUUCCACAGCCUUGAGUAUCUUCAACUCACACUCAAGGACCUGGUGGACAAGGGCAAAGUUAGAAAUUUACAGCCAGACCAUAGGACAGGGAAACCAUCACAGCACAUACAGUUUGAGGCUUACGAUGUCAACGAGUUUGAAUAUCGACUGAACACUUCCAUAGAGAUGUACACCAAAAGGAUCAAGUGGCUCCUACAGGGUAGUAAACGGGUGUUUGGUAACAUCAGAGGCAAGCGUGUUGCUGUUCUAGUGGACAACUCUGAUGCCAAUGCUGGUUUUGGGAGACUUACAACUUUUCAGGAAUCUCUGAUUCACAUGUUAGAUGAGCAGUUUUCCACAAGGACGGCGAUUUACCUGAUGUCGUUUGGGACAGAUAUUGAUCCUCUUUGGCCGGUCUCUCGUGAUGUGAAUUGUAGGAU